UGCUACAGUAUAGGCAGCACUUACAUCUUCCGUGCUAUAGGCGGAUAUAAGCUUCUCGUGUGAUGAUACACACUCUGCAGGGAGAGGAUUUUUUCGACGAGGAAAACAUUCUCUGUCAAAUCGUCACAUGGGGUCAAUCGCUUCCUGCAUCGCGAAUGAACUGCUGUACGCUUUUGUACGUUUCGUUUUUGCCGCUUGGGUCGUAUAGGGUUAUAUCGUUAAGAUUACCGUUCCUCGCGCGCCGCUGAUGCCACAUAUUUUAUUGCGAUGAUAAGCAAAGUUAAAAAUGCCAUGUCCUCGCUGGUGGGAGGAAUUAUCCCGCACGGCCACCACCAUCACCAGCAGCAGCACGGAUCCGCGCAGAACGGCGGCACGGACGGGCUGCCGCCGCGCUUCCCCUACAGCCGACCCGAGUUUCUGGACCUGACACCGGAGCUGCUGCAGUACUCCACCGAACACGCGUCCAGACCGGUCAUCACGCUCAAGAGAGACAGCAGGCUGCCGUGGAGAACGGGAUACGCGGAGGUGAUAAAUGCUGGGAAGAGCAUGCUGAAUGAAGACCAGGCUUCCUGUGAGCUGCUGUUUGUCAGGAAGAUGAGUAGUAAGCAGCAGCGCUGCUCCAUGUUACUGGAGGACAGUGGGGACCCCACAGGCAUUCCCAUGCACUUCUGGGGAGUGUUUGAUGGACACGCCGGCUCUGGUGCUGCUCUCAUGGCAUCCAAACUUCUCCACCGUAUCAUCCGCGAUCGGCUUUGUGAUGUCGCCCAUCUUCUAGAAAAUCAAAACAGCCCUCCGCCAAUCUGCCUGGCCAAGAACGGGAGCCCCUUCCAGGCUGAGGCGAAGAAAGGGGCUUGCCUGGAUGGAGAGGACCAGGACGGGCUCCCAGAUGAGCCGCGGUUCCACAUGGAGAAAGACAUCAGUGUGGAGAGUCUGGUCAUGGGGCUCAUAGAGACCGCCUUCAAACAGAUGGACGACCUGAUAGAGAAAGAGAAAGAAUCUUACAGCAUCUCUGGUGGCUGUUGUGCCUUGAUUGCAAUUCACUUGUUGGGGAAACUCUAUGUAGCAAACGCUGGAGACAGCAGAGCCAUAAUUGUCCGCAACAAUGAGGCCAUCCCCAUGUCCAAUGAAUUCACACCAGAAAGUGAAAGACAGCGGCUACAGUACCUGGGCUUCCUCAAACCGGAGCUACUUGGGAAUGAGUUUACACAUAUUGAAUUCCCCAGACGCAUACAACACAAGGAACUCGGCAAGAAGAUGCUUUUCAGAGACCACACAAUGACCGGAUGGGCGUAUAAGACAAUUGUAGAAGAUGAUCUCAAGUUCCCGUUGAUUUAUGGGGAGGGGAAAAAGGCUCGCGUCAUGGCUACUAUUGGAGUGACGCGUGGUUUAGGGGAUCACGACUUGAAAGUGUACAACUCCAACAUUCAUAUCAAACCCUUCCUAUCCUGUUGCCCAGAAGUCAAGGUGUACAACAUCUCUGAGCACAAACAUGGGUCCGAUGAUGUCCUGAUCAUGGGUAGUGAUGGACUAUGGGACGUUACGACUGAUAGAGAUGUUGCCGAAGCAGUAUCAACUUUCCUGUCUGGCCGUGAGCCCAGUGAUCCCUUGAGGUACACUUUAGCAGCACAAGACCUCCUGAUGCGUUCUCGUGGAGUCCUGAAGGAGAGAGGUUGGCGGCUGCCCAACGAAAGACUUGGCUCGGGUGAUGACAUCACCGUGUUUGUCAUUCCACUGGCCGGGGCAGAGUUAGAAACAUGACCAGGUUGGUCCACCUUUACUGGACAAGCACACCAGGACACAUCCUUGGCUCCAUCCCAGAGAAAGGGCUAGGAAAACCAAGAAAUCCAUUUUCACUCUGUCAGAUGGCUCGGAAACGAGAGAUGUUAAAUGCAACUUUCCCUUGUCCUCCUUCUCCUCCGAGUCGUACCAUGAAUAUCGUCAAGCCCAUGUCAGGUGUGAGGUGACGUCAUCAAGUGCCAUUUCUCUCGCUCUCCAUCACCUUUCUGAUUUGUCGAACGCAACCUCUGCAAGUCAGUACGGGACGGGAGGGCUCGUAACGCUUGGGUAUUCUUUAACGUCAGUGGGUCAUUUGAAUCUGAAUCUCAGUGUGGCAAAGGAAUAAGCCAGUACUGCUAAAAAAUUUAAGCCCUGAUGGCAAUGGAAAUAAAAACCGAAGCACUUUAUAUGUAGCAGAAUCCAUUUGAGCUGUAAUUUAAACUGCUGAUUAUAUUUGCUAACUAUUCUGGGCUGCGUUUCCCAAAAGCAUCGUAAGCCUAAGUUGAUCGUAGAGACCAUUGGUGGCAGUUGUUCUAUGAUCAACUUAUGAUGCUUUUGGGAAACACAGCCCUGUCUGUCUCCAAAGAAUGUUUCUGCUGACCGAAUUUAAGGUUUUCUAUAGCAAGAUGCAAUCAAACGACAAAAACGAUGGGCAUUUCCUGUGAAUGCAUAGUAUUUUUCAAUCAUUUCAGCUGUUUCGGGUUCAAACGGGCAUAGUUUUACAUGAACCAAAUGCAAAUGUCUAUAUUCUGGAACAAGUAUUAAGCAUUCUUCUGUAGAACUAGUUGAACCAGGCUCUUUUUCCCUAAACCUCCAGAAAGCCAUGUACAAAUAACCUAAAACAUCAUUGACGUGCACCAGGCUUUCCAUACCCAACUGAGCUGAUUGCUUGAACUGCUGUAAAGCUGAAUGACCUGUUUAUUUUGCUGUAGAUAAAACCUAAUUUGGUCUGAAACUGUGUCAAUAAACAAUCUCAAAUCAAACAACCAUGUAGAUCCAAACCUGAAACUGAGAAAAAAUCUUUUUGUACACCUUGAAUGUACCAUAUUUCCUUUACUUGAUGUCAGUGUUGUGUCUGUGUAGUAUAGUACAUAUAUAUAUUGAUUUCUGCCUUUCAAAUGAUGAUUCAUUGUAAAAGGAGCACUCUUUGCAAAUUAUGUGACUAAUUCUAAAUAAAUCUAUCCUUUUUAUAA